GCUCGUUUGCUGCUGCUGUGUGCUUGGCCAUAUUUUCCUUCAGUCUGCAAAUUUAUCGUUACGGCGACGGUUUGAUGAAUUCGUUGGUACGGUAACGCGUCUGCUAACCAAAAAAGAAAUAAAAAUAUACUGCGUGCGAUUUGCUAUAAAAAAAUAAAAUGCCAUACUAAACGAAUUUUAAAUGGAAUUAUGCAAAUAUUCUUCGGCCGAAAAUAAUACUACAUACAUAGUGCUUAGAAGACAAAUGUAAAUUUUAAAGUGAAUUUAAAAUCAAUAUCUAUUUUUUGUCCAUAUAAAAAAAAUAUUGUAAAUUGGUGAAAAAGCAAUCAAAAAAAAAAAAAAAAAAAAUCAUACAAAGAAAUUAGAAAUUUUCCGAAUUUCACCAGCAAAGGAAAUUCGUCGGUUCUUCGCUCGAGUUAAAUACUAAAAGCAGCAAGUUGUACACGUUUGGCACCAUGGAGGGAGGUUAUGUGAAUGAAGAGGAUUCGGAUGCCAUUAUAGGUGUGGAAAGUCCAGCACGCAUUCCAAUCAAUUGCAAUCCGUCGUCAUCAUCCGCUGCAGCAAUGCAUCAUAAUCACCAUCAUCAUGAUCUUGAUCAUCAUCACGACCACCACCACCAUCAUCAUCAUCAUCAGCAGCAACAUGACACACGCCACCCCUCACCCCUGCUGCCGGCCAGUGACACCUCGUCACCCAUAAAGCUUUCACUAAGUCCCGAUGAUGACGAUGAUCUGGAUCUGACACUGCCCUAUGCUAGCACCACAAAACCGUUAGAUUCGAAAAACACGAAACGACCCACCUGGCUGACAACCUCGGAGGGAGCCCGACAGCUGUUUCGCAACAUUGAUUGGCGUGACUUGAGAAAAUUCAAACAAAGAUUCUAUUUUGAAUAUUACCCCAAGGAGGAGUUUAUGGGCGGGCAGCUAAAAACAAAAAAUGGCCAAAAAUAUGUCUUCAAUGGCCGGCCAUCGGGUAUAUUUGUAUCGAAAAUGUGUGCCGUCUGUUCGUUCAUCAUCGCCUUGCUGAUACUCAUCUUUAGUGUGGCCAUUACAUAUUUCAUAACAGCCAACACAAUGACAACGGGCUGCACAAAUGGCCAUGGUCCCGUGGCCGCUGACAAUCACUUAGCCACAGCCAGUAUGCUGGGCAUGCCAUUGCCAAAAUCGAAAUACAACAACGAUGAGGUGGCGCCUGUCGGUGACAUACCGCCGGACAAUGACAUAUUCGGCGAGGCGAAAGACAAGUUCCCGGAUCGUCAACUGCAAUUGUAUGACGGCUGGUUACCGCUGCACUACAACCUCAUUAUCGAACCGAACAAUCAAACAUCCACCAGCAAUGGCAGUGUGGCGAUACGUGUCCAACGUGACGCCCGCCUAAAAUCCUUCGAACCCAUUGUCUUGGACAUCAAUAAUGUAACGGUGACAAAUGUGCGCGUUACACGUGACACCUAUGCCGCGAAUCUGAUGCAAGCCGAGGAUGUUGAAUUCGAGGGUAGCUACAAUGGCGACUACUCUGCGUAUGUUAUCACACUGGCCAAGUCGCUGGCUGAUGAGAGAGAUGUGCGACUGAUUGUCAGCAUGGAUUUCGUGAGUCAAAUUACGGAUACACUGCAGGGAGUCUAUAAGACUAGCUACCUCGAUGUGAAUACCGGAAGGAAAGAGUGGAUGAUCAGCACCCAAUUCUCGCCCAUUGAUGCCCGUCGUGCAUUCCCCUGUUUCGAUCGUCCCGAUAUGAAGGCGAAUUUUACAAUCAGUAUUGUUAGACCCACCCGCACAGCCAUGGCCCUGUCCAACAUGCCCGUGGAUAAUAGCACCAUUUGCCGUCCCGGUUUUACACGUGAUGACUUUAUGACCACACCCAAAAUGCCUACCUACCUCUUAGCUUUUAUUGUCUCGAAUUUGGUGAAAUCACAUUAUUCCGAUCACGAUGCCAAUUUGGUGCCGCGUGUGGAAAUCUGGACCCGACCCGAGAGUCGUGACAUGACGCCCUAUGCCUAUUCGUUGGUGCGCAAAUUCCUGCCCUUCUACGAGGGUUAUUUUGGUAUUAAGAAUCGUUUGCAGAAAAUCGAUAUGGUAACGGUGCCCGAUUUUGGUUUUGGUGCUAUGGAAAAUUGGGGCUUAAUAACAUUCAGAGAUUCCUCGCUCUUGGUACCAGCCGAUUUAGAGAAAGCCUCCUCCUCCGAACACAUGGAAUAUGUUGCGCAAAUUGUUGCCCACGAGCUGGCCCAUCAAUGGUUUGGCAACUUGGUCACACCCAAAUGGUGGGAUGAUCUAUGGUUGAAGGAAGGAUUUGCCUGUUACAUGAGUUACAUUGCCCUGAAUAGUGUUCAUCCGGAAUUUGAAAUUAUGGACACAUUUACGGUGUUCGAAUUCAAAGAGUCAAUGCAACAUGAUUCCGACAACAGUUCCCAUCCCAUAUCGUUCAAUGUUAAAUCGACCAAUGACAUACGUCGUAUCUUUGAUCCCAUCACCUAUUCCAAGGGUACCAUACUGUUGCGCAUGCUCAACUCCAUUGUGGGCAAUGAGGCAUUCCGUGAUGCCACGCAGGAUUUGUUGAACAGCUUUGCCUAUGGCAAUGCUGAUCGUGAUGACCUAUGGGAAUUUAUGACCAAACAUGGUCAUUUGAAGAAAACCCUACCGGAACACAUGGACAUUAAGACGAUUAUGGAUACAUGGAUCUCGAAGCCCGGUUAUCCGGUCAUCAAUGUGGAGCGACACAAUGCCGAUUUGAUAAUUACCCAAGAACGUUAUAUUUUACCCUCACGUGAUAUGGCCGAUGACAGCAAAUGGAUUGUGCCGAUAACAUUUGAAACGAAUGAGGUGCGCACUGGCCACACCAUACCCACCCAUUGGCUAAUGGAUAAUGGUCACGAAUUGGUGAUCAAAGAUGUCUUCACAUCGGACAACAACACCAAUGACAUUGUCUAUUUGAAUUUGAAUCGUCAGGGAUAUUAUCGGGUCAAUUAUGAUUUGGUUUCGUGGUUGGCAUUGAAAAAGGAAUUUGCCAAUUUGCCGCGCGUAACCAGGGCCCAGUUGCUGGACGAUGCCUUCCAUUUGGCCCAGGCUGAGUACUUAACCUAUGACAUACCGUUGACAUUCCUUAUGGAGAUUUUCACAUCCAUCGAUGAUGAGCUGCUGUGGUCGUCGGCCCAACAGGGUUUGAACUAUUUGAUACACAUGAUGAGCCGUGAACCGGGGUAUGAAACAUUUAGGGCCUUUAUGAAGUUCAUGGUGCGCCCGGCCUUUGACCAGUAUGGUCUCCAGGAACCCGAUAAUGAAUCACAUAUCCAGUUGCAGCAUCGAGCAUUGGUUGCCAAAUUAGCUUGUAAAUUUAAAUAUGAUCGCUGUUACAACAUUGCCCACACCAAAUACAGGGAAUGGAUGCAAAAUCCCAAUUUUAAUCGCAUCACACCCAACAUGAAAUCAAUUAUCUAUUGUACUGCCAUGGAGGAGGGUUCCUUCCAAGAAUGGCAUUUUGCCUAUAAACAAUACAAUCGUACCACAAGUGCCUCAGAAAAAGAACAGAUCUUAUCAUCGCUGGGUUGUACAACGAAACCAUGGUUGUUAUCCAAAUAUUUAAAUAUGACACUCAACUCCACCCUUAUUAUGAAACAGGAUGGCGCCCGUGCAUUUAGAGCUGUUGCCGAAAAUCCAAUUGGUUUUGAAAUUGCUUUUGAUUUCUUGCAGACGAACAUUAAGGAAAUAGCCGAAUACUUCGGUGAUGGUUUCUCCACAUUGACAUCAAUGGUGAAAUCGAUAACCACCUACAUGAGCAAAGAAUACCACAAAGAGCAGCUGGAACGUUUCCGUGAAAAGGCGAAAGGUCUGGGUCUACAGGCUGUGGUGACAGCAAUCGAUUUGGCCAUGGAACAGGUCAAUAAUAAUAUUUAUUGGCGUAAUCGUUCCUACUACAGUCUCAAGUCAUUUAUCGACAUUAUUGUGGAAGAUUUUGAAAUUCCAAUUUUCUAAAGAGGAGAGUCGUCGUCGUCAUCAUUGCCAACGAAAACACUUCACACACAUAUACACACACAUACACACAAACACAUAUACAUCUUUACAUAAACGAUCUUUAAAUUAAAAAUAAAUAACAUAAAACACAUACUUACAUUACAUGAAUAUGUUUUUAUAGUUUUAUAAGUUCAAAAAAGAAAAGAAGAAGAAAAUCAAUGAAAUUUAAGUAUUUGUUUGCAAACAACUCAAAGAUUAAGAAGAGAAGAAAAGAAUUGAUAGUUUAAAAAAAGAAACUAAGAAAACGAAAACCAAUCAAUCACCUUUUUGUAUAGAAAUGAAAUAUUUUUUGUUUUUGAUUUUGAAAACAUUUCUUCAAAACUUUCUGUUAUUACAAAUUUAAUUUGCAAACAAAAAGUGAUAUAAUUUUAGUUUUUAAUUUAAUCACGAUUUACAAUUUAGUAUUGAGCUUUAAAGCUAAUUUUUAAUUAUAACGAACAUUACAUACAUAUACAUGUUUUUUUUUUAUUUAAAUUUAUUCUAAUGCGAUUUUAUUUGAUUUGUAUUGUGUCCUGUUUUUGCGGAGCGUAGAUUCCCCGGAUAUAUUAUUUAUUUUAUUUUUGUUUUUUAUUUUUUUUUAAUGUAUAGAAUCUGUGCUAUAUGUAAAUUUAAAAUAUUACGAUUAUUAUUUUUUUAAUAUAAUUUUAAGUAUUGUUCCUAUAUAACAAAGAAAUAA